GCUGCUAAACUGGCCACAACUGAAGGCUCCACGCCCCAGGGAGGAAACCACUGAAGAGGCGUCCCUGCUCCCUCGCGCCUCAAACCACCAAUUAAUGUUAACAAGAGAGAAUGCUCCUCCGUGCCUAAAGACCCCCAACAGGGUACAAAUGGAGCAGAAGCCCCGCCUCAUGACUCAGAGGGUUAAAGGGCUUGGGUCCAUCUGUGUGCCCAGAGUGUCCGAAUGGCGACUGGCAACAGGAAGGUCACCAUCCAGCUGGUGGACGACGGGGCCGCGGCUGGAGCUGGGGGCCCACAGCUCUUUAAAGGCCAGGACUACGAAGCCAUCCGAACAGCUUGCCUGGAUUCCGGGAUCCUGUUUCGUGACCCUUGCUUCCCUGCUGGCCCUGAUGCCCUUGGCUAUGACAAGCUGGGACCUGACUCAGAGAAGGCCAAAGGGGUGGAAUGGAAGAGGCCUCAUGAGUUUUGUGCUGAGCCCCAGUUCAUCUGCGAAGACAUGAGCAGAACCGACGUGUGCCAGGGAAGCUUGGGAAACUGCUGGCUCCUUGCAGCCGCUGCCUCCCUCACCCUCUACCCCAGACUCCUGUACCGGGUGGUGCCCCCUGGACAAGGUUUCCAUGAUGGCUACGCGGGGGUCUUCCAUUUUCAGCUCUGGCAGUUUGGCCGCUGGGUGGAUGUGGUGGUAGAUGACAAACUGCCUGUGCGUGAGGGGAAGUUGAUGUUUGUGCGCUCGGAACAAAGGAAUGAGUUCUGGGCCCCACUACUGGAAAAGGCCUAUGCCAAGCUCCACGGUUCCUACGAGGUAAUGCGAGGAGGUCACAUGAAUGAGGCGUUUGUGGACUUUACAGGAGGCGUGGGUGAGGUCCUCUACUUGAGACAGAACACUCCAGGUGUCUUUGCUGCCCUUCGCCACGCAUUGGCCAAGGAGUCCCUUGUGGGGGCCACUGCCCUGAGUGAUCGGGGUGAGAUCCGCACAGAUGAAGGGCUGGUGAAGGGACAUGCUUAUUCAGUCACGGGCACGCACAAGAUGUCUCUGGGCUUCACCAAGGUGCGGCUGCUGCGGCUGAGGAAUCCCUGGGGCCGCGUGGAGUGGUCCGGGCCCUGGAGUGACAGCUGUCCACGUUGGGACAUGCUCCCCUCAGAGUGGCGAGAUGCCCUGCUUGUGAAAAAGGAGGAUGGCGAGUUCUGGAUGGAGCUUCAAGACUUCCUCACGCACUUCAACACAGUCCAGAUCUGUUCACUGAGCCCUGAGGUGUUGGGCCCCAGCCCUGCUGGCGGCGGCUGGCACAUCCACAUCUUCCAGGGCCGCUGGGUGCGAGGCUUCAACUCCGGUGGGAGCCAGCCCAGUGCUGAAAACUUCUGGACCAAUCCCCAGUUCCGGCUGACACUGCUGGAACCUGAUGAGGAAGAGGAUGACGAUGACGAAGAGGGGCCCUGGGGAGGCUGGGGAGCAGCAGGGGCACGGGGCCCAGCCAGAGGAGGCCGAGUCCCCAAGUGCACGGUCCUGCUGUCACUCAUCCAGCGCAACCGCCGCUGUCUGAGGGCCAAGGGCCUCACUUACCUCACUGUGGGCUUCCACGUGUUCCAGAUUCCGGAGGAGCUGCUGGACCUCUGGGACUCCCCGCGCAGCCGCGCGCUCUUACCGGGACUGCUGCGCGCGGACCGCUCGGUUUUCUGCGCCCGCCGCGACGUGAGCCGCCGCUGCCGCCUGCCGCCCGGCCACUACCUGAUAGUACCCAGCGCCUCGCGCGUGGGCGAUGAAGCCGACUUCACGCUGCGCAUCUUCUCGGAGCGCAGCCACACAGCAGUGGAGAUCGAUGACGUGAUCAGCGCAGACCUGGAUGCCCUCCAGGCCCCCUACAAGCCCCUGGAGCUGGAGUUGGCACAGCUGUUUUUGGAGCUGGCUGGAGAGGAGGAGGAACUCAAUGCUCUUCAGCUGCAGACCUUAAUAAGCAUUGCUCUGGAGCCUGCGAGGGCCAACACCAGGACCCCUGGAGAGAUUGGGCUUAGGACCUGCGAACAGCUUGUGCAGUGUUUUGGGCGUGGGCAAAGAUUGGCCUUACACCACUUCCAGGAACUCUGGGGCCAUCUCCUGUCAUGGCAGGCCACGUUCGACAAGUUCGACGAAGAUGCCUCCGGGACCAUGAACUCCUGUGAACUGAGGCUGGCGCUGACUGCCGCAGGCUUCCACCUCAACAACCAGCUGACCCAGUCCCUCACUAGCCGCUACCGGGACAGCCGGCUCCGCGUGGACUUCGAGCGCUUCGUGUGCUGUGCGGCCCGGCUCACCUGCAUCUUCCGCCACUGCUGCCAACACCUGGAUGGCGGUGAGGGGGUCGUCUGCCUGACCCACAAACAGUGGUCGGAGGUGGCUACCUUCUCAUAGGUUUGGAGCUGAUGGAGGUCACCCUGCUGCCCUGCGUGGUGCCAUUGAUGGAAGAUGAAUGUGGGAGCAGUGCCUGCCUGGGUCUGGGGCCCAAUAGCUGUCACACGGGCGAUGGCCAUGGGGUCUGUCUUCUGGCUAUGUAGCCCUGGCUGGCCUCACAAGUGCUGGGAUUACGAGCCGGAGCCAUCACAAACAGAACUGCCUUCCCUCCCUUUGAAGCCCGCGUGUGUCAAUCCCUGCUUAGAGAGGCCCACAACCCACCCACAGGCACUGGGCCGGGGCACUGUAAGCUCCCCGGGGCGUGGACAGGGACGCAGGGAGAAGAUGACACCAGAGCCCUUCUUAAAAAUAUUACAUGUUUUAUUCUCCCAUCCCCAGAGGGUGGUUUAUCCAGAAACCAAGAAAAUAAAAAUCAAUCAGAAUAAAUUCAAGGGGGCGGGUGGAGAGAACCCCAUUAACGAGCAGGCAGGCAGGCCAGCAGCCCGUCUCCAUCUCAGGGGUCCCCAGAGACCCCACCCACCGCCACAAGGGGAAAAUCAGGAGGGGGUGGGGGGGCAUUGAAUCAGCUAUGUCUUCAUUAUGAGUGAGAGGUGGCAGAGAUAUGCAGCUAGAUGGAUAUAUAUUUAUAUAAUAAAUCCGUAAGUUAAUAAAGUAAAUAGUAAUUCUC